AUGAACCCAGCGCCUCCUAAAUGGGUCGUUGACCUGAAUAAUGGAUUCCCCGCCAAAUCAAAGAAUGCCGCCAGCAUCCCCGACCCUCCUGGCUUCACCAGCACCAAAGCCCUCACAGGAAAGCAGAAGGCACAAGCAAGUGGCCGAAAACCACCGACUCCCGAGGAAACGCAGACGUUGAAGAUCAAGAAGGCAUGGGAGAUCGCUCUAGGCCCUGCGAAACAACUGCCCAUGCAGGCGAUCAUGGGCUACAUGUCCGGCAACUCAUUGCAGAUAUUCUCCAUAAUGAUGGUUUUCAUGCUGUUCAAAGGUCCCAUCCAGGCGAUCUCACAAACAAACACCGCCUUCUCCAAAUUCGAUAGCGCUGGCACUCGGACACAAAUGCUGGGGAUUAAGGCCGUCUACGUCCUCAUGCAAUGUUUAUUACUGGGCUUAGGAAUCUACAAAGUGAACAGUAUGGGCUUGUUACCAACAACAAGGAGUGACUGGCUGGCCUGGGAAUUUGAAAGACAGCCCCUCGAACGGGCAUAUUUUGCUUUUGGCCAAUAA